AUGACAGAAAGUGUUUCUAUUCGGUGGGAUGUCUCUGAUUUAGUUCGGGAUUCGCUACUCUCAAAAUCAGACAUGAAAUUGAUCGUUUGUUGUUUUGCUGAACCAUUCUCUCCAAUUUCUAGAGGAUUAGCAAAGUGCUUUGAGGAAAUUCGUAUGGGAGAUUCUGUGAGCUAUGCUCAAAUAUUUAUUUUGGAUCCAACAGAAAAUAUUCAAUUUGCUUUGGAAUGCAAUGUAAAGGCUUGUCCUGCCAUUGUAUUCUUUUGGGAAGGAAAGCAAGUCUCUAUUCAAAGAAAUGGAUGGGACGAAGAUACCAAAUUUGUUGGUGUCACAUCUAAGGAAAAUUACAUCAACUUGAUUAGAUUGUUAAGAGAAAUUGCCGAAGAUGCCAAUCAAGAUAAUCUCAUUCUCAAGGCUCAAGGAAUGUAA